GCUCUAAAUCAUGCGAAAAGCCACUUCAGUUAGCAUUCGGGUGAUUUCCGAUAUCCUUUGUUUUGUUGUGCUGUUCCUUGCCAUGGGCGUGUUUCAGAACAUUCAACCUUUUCGCCGCGGUUAUUUCUCUCAGGAUGAGAGUAUUCGGCUACCAUAUCAUCCAUCGACUAUUCCGUCCGUCGUUUUGAUCUCGGUCACAAUUACUCUCAUUGUCGUGACAAUAACGGCAUCAGAACUGUGCAUUUUCUGGGAUCGCCUCACUGUUCGGAGGGCUGGAUUGCCUAUUGUGUUAUAUUCCUUGUACGAUUAUCUUUUGGCCGCUUUCUUUGGGUACUGUGCGAAUAUCACGAUUACAGACGUGUGUAAAGUCGCGAUUGGACGCCUGAGGCCCAAUUUUUUCAGUGUCUGUGAACCUGUACCAACCUCUACCACCGCUUUGGGAUACAUUGCUAGCUAUUCCUGUAAAAGUGGUACACCUAGAGACCACCGGGAUAUCACAAAAUCCUUCCCCUCUGGUCAUUCGUCGCUGUCUGUCUACACCGCAGUCUUCUUGUGCAUUUAUCUACAAAUGAGACAACCUCCGUGGAGGAACGCUGCCUUACGGUUGGCUUUCCAGGCAGUAUUUUUGGCGCUCGCUAUUGUAACUUGUAUAUCACGUAUCGUGGAUAACAAACACCAUCCGACGGAUGUGAUCGCCGGCGCUGCUUUGGGAUUAGUGGUGGCUUUCAGUGUGCCUUUUUACGUUCCGAAGCUGUUUUGCCCACCGGUCAACCACUCUUGUCUGUGCGGUCUUAUGAACUAUCACGAUCGCUCAAUCGUGAAGCGCCAAAGGAUGGCCGUUAAUUCUUUCCACUCGUCAUAUGUACAAAAGAUCCCGAAGUGGACACACCAAACCACCUUGGUUUGAAGAGUGUCACACUCGAAAUGGCUGAUUCAGCGUGUUCCACUCUUGACCUGCCCUAAUAGUUGCUUACCCCAUCGGAGGGUCAUCUGAUGGAAUCCAGCAGUUGAAAUCGUUGUGCUUAACUGUUGGAAGUUUCUGUACCUGUUCACGACUGUCUUCCGUGUGCCCUCGACGUCGUUUGUACCUCUCAUUCACAACCUCACUACACUGGUCUUCUACGCCCAACGGAACAUAUCUCCACCAUUGUAGUCCCAAUCGCCGUUACCCGACCGAUGUCCGUCAUACUCAAUUGUCAAUGUUUAUAUGUUUCUCUUGUUCCUUUGAAUUCCCCCGUUUUUUGUGCCUCGCUUUUUGCACUGGCUAUUUCCGUUAAUAUUACUUGAAAAUAUGAUUUUUACGCCUCUAA